GCCAAUGGGCGCGCAGUCCGCCUGCGCAGAUUCAAACGGCGGCCCGGGAGGGAGCCUGGGCGCGAGAUUCGGCGGCAGCCGCCCAGCCCCAGCCCCAGCCCCAGCGCGGGGCCGCGGCCGGCGCUGACAGGAGCGGGAGGAGGGGCCGCGGGCGGACGGGGCCCCGCGCGCUCCGUGCGGGCAGGGCCAUGGCCGGGGCUGAGGCAGCCGGGCCGGGCCGGGGCUGAGGGCGGUCGGCAGCUCGCCGCGGAUGCCGCGGGGCUCGGCGGGGAGGAGGGGGCCGCCGCCGGAGCCCUGCCCGCCCUCCUCCUCCUCCUCGUCGUCGUCUUCCUCCUCCUCCGGCCGCCGCUGCCCGUCUCCGUCGUCCGGGAGGGCGAGCCCCAGCCCGGGCCCCUGCGGGGGCCGGGGGACGCCGCGCCGCGCCCCGCCGCCGUGGCGGCCCCCCCUAUGGUGCGCGCCGAGGAUGGCCAAGCGGCCGCGCAGUGAAGAAGAAAAUGACCGUCAAUACGCAGAUCAUGACUAUGAAGUCCCACAGCAAAAAGGUUUGAAGAAGAUAUGCAGCAGGGUGAAAUGGACCCGGGAUGAGGAUGAAAGGCUAAAGAAGCUGGUGGAACAAAAUGGUACAGAUGAUUGGGCUUUCAUUGCUAGUCAUCUACAAAAUCGUUCAGAUUUUCAGUGCCAGCAUCGAUGGCAGAAGGUACUAAACCCAGAAUUGAUUAAAGGUCCCUGGACUAAAGAAGAAGAUCAGAGGGUUAUUGAGUUAGUUCAGAAGUAUGGUCCAAAGCGCUGGUCUCUAAUUGCAAAACACCUGAAAGGAAGAAUAGGCAAGCAAUGCAGAGAGAGAUGGCAUAACCAUCUCAACCCUGAGGUAAAAAAGUCUUCAUGGACAGAGGAAGAAGACAGAAUAAUCUACGAAGCUCACAAGCGUUUGGGAAACCGAUGGGCUGAAAUAGCAAAACUUCUUCCUGGAAGGACUGAUAAUUCAAUUAAAAAUCACUGGAACUCAACAAUGCGAAGAAAGGUGGAACAGGAAGGAUAUUUACAAGAUGGUAUAAAGUCCGAAAGAGCUAGUUCAUCCAAACUUCAACACAAACCUUGUGUGGCUAUGGAACACUUGCACACUCAGAAUCAAUUUUACAUACCUAUUCAGACACAUAUUCCAGCAUACCAGUAUGCCUCACCAGAAGGCAGCUGUAUAGAACAUGCUUCUGCUUCUGCCAACUUAGUUCAGCAGUCAUUUAUUGAUGAUGAUCCUGAUAAAGAAAAGAAAAUAAAGGAACUUGAAUUGCUGCUUAUGUCAGCAGAGAAUGAAAUCAGAAGAAAGCGAGUAUCAUCUCAAGCUGGAAGUUUACCUACUUGGUCUGGAAGUUUUGUCAUGGAAGACUGUGUGCCUAAUACACUAAAUAGCCUUGGGGAACAAACAAGCGAGUUCUACAGCAUGGAUGAGACCCAGGGCGUAUCUGUUCAGCAGAAUUCACCCACUAAGUACUUGGCUGUGGAAGCAAAUGCAGUGUUAUCAUCUCUACAAACCAUUCCUGAAUUUGCAGAGACACUAGAGCUUAUUGAAUCUGAUCCCGUAGCUUGGAGUGAUGUCACCAGUUUUGACCUUUCAGAGGCUGUUGCAUCUCCUGUCAAGCCAGCUCCAGUAAAAUUGAUGCGGAUUCAACACAACGACCGGGCUGCAGAGUGCCAGUUUAACGUCGGUAUUGUGCUCGAUGGCAAAAAACACAAUGGCAGUGGUGAGGAAGAAGGAAUUUGUUCAACAACCCCGAACGUAACAAAAUUCAGCACUCCACCUACUAUCCUAAGAAAGAAGAAGAGAUUGCGUGUUGGGCAAUCACCAGUUAAUGAACUGAACGAUGGCUUAUGUAACGAUGCCAUCAAUGUUGCACUAAAGCAUACACCAGUGAAAACACUACCAUUUUCUCCAUCACAGUUUUUCAACACUUGCUCUGGAAACGAACAAUUUAACCUUGAAAAUCCUGCAUUCACAUCAACACCAAUCUGUGGGCAGAAAGUUCUCAUUACGACUCCUCUACACAAGGAAAUGACACCAAAAGAUCAAAAGGAAAACGUUGGUUUUAGAACUCCCACAAUUAGAAGAUCUCUGUUGGGUUCAACACCGAGGACACCAACUCCUUUUAAAAAUGCUCUGGCUGCUCAGGAAAAAAAGUAUGGUCCUCUUAAACUUACGUCGCAACCACUUGCCUUCUUGGAGGAAGACAUUAGGGAAGUUUUGAAAGAGGAAACUGGAACAGAUAUAUUUCUCAAGGAGGAAGAUGACUCUGUGUAUAAAAGCUGCAAGCAGGAGCGCAAUUCUUCUAAAAAAGUCAGAAAAUCACUGGUCCUAGAUCCAUGGGAAAAAGAAGACCUUGGUGCCCAGCUCUUUGCUGAAGAUAGUGGUUUGGAUGUACAGUCAGAAAAUGUAUAUACUACGUCUUUAUUAAUGAUACCAUUGUUGGAAAUACAUGACAACAGAUGUAACCUGACAUCAGAAAAACAGGAUACAAAUUCAUCAAACAAAGCAAAUGCAGUAAUUAAGAAGAAACUGAAUGCAUGUGCUUCAAAAAAUGUCAAAAUGGAGAAAGCUCUUCAGUCAAAUUGUGAAUGGGAAGCAGUUGUUUACGGAAAAACAGAAGAUCAACUUAUCAUGACUGAACAAGCACGAAGAUAUCUGAGCACAUACACAGCCACCAACAGCACUUCAAGGGCUCUGAUUCUGUGAUGGUCACUGCAACUGACAACCGUCUCUUUCCAUUGAAACUGACUCAAUGUCGAAGGAGAUUCCAGCACAAUACUUGUGAAUUAAGUAUUUACUUUGAGACAGUCUGCUAAGGGAAACCUUAAAGCUUCCUUUCUUCUCUUGACUGACAAAGAACAGACAUGAAACUCUACCAAGGGAUAGUACAACCAGUUCUGCAAUGCGUUUCUUACAUAUUCAAAAAGUAACACCCUGAAAUACCAUAAAGAAUGGUAAAGAGCAUUGCAGUACACAUCAACUCACAGUUUUUAAGUCUAUUUUUCAUAUUUAUUCUUUUGACUUGCAUUGCUUUUUUCUGCUAGUGCAUUUUUGAUAUAGAGUAGGUUUAUAGGUUGUUAAUGGUUUCUGAAUGAGCAACAUACGUGACUGAAUGUGCUUUUGCUUAUGUAGCAUUUUUCUAGUAUACAAAGAAACACAAUGGAGAGGUGUAAAAAGGAAGGAUAGAAAGUUGCACUACUAAUUUUUUGGUAUGCUGCAAAACAGUGAAAUUAACUACAGUGUUAAAUAUAUUUAUUUGCGAAUGGUACUUAGAAGUAGGCAGAGGGGGUGAAUUAGGUUUUAGUGUAAAGCAUCAGUAUUUUCUUCAUAAAUCUCAAAAUGAGAUGAUUGUUGAAUGUAUUGUACAGUAUGUAGGAACAGGGAAAAUUUUGUAAAUUGGAAAGGAGUCUUUUUAUAAUUUAUUUUCAUUUUAAAGCUUAAAUGUAGAUAUUUAUAUGUAUGCAGGUUGUCUAGAAGCCAACGUUGUUUCCUGUUAAAACAGCUGAAAUGAAAAAGGACAAGUUUAACCUUAAAGUAUGGUAUAGCAGAAGAAUUACAGAGGUGAAGUGUACAAAUCUAUACUGUAUGUUACAUCUACAUAAAGAUUGCACUAUAAACCUUAAAUCAUGUUGGUCUACAAAAUAGUUACAAGGUAUACCUGAAAUACAGCUACUGGUCCCAUACCUUGUUUUAAUAUAUUUAGAAGAGAAGGUUAGGGUCCUGUACGUGACCCAGGAGUACUUUGUCCUGCAUAGGAGCUAAAAAUUAAUGCAUUUUUUAUCUUUUUUAUUUUAGAAGAAACUUGGCACCUUGGAUCUCAAAAUGGUUUUAUCUGCACUUAAGUUUGACCAUUAUAUACUUACUAAAUGUUUGAAGAGCAAAGAACAUUCUUUUAUUUAUGAAAAUCUUUGUCCUUAUUUAAAGUAAUACAGGUCACAACAGUUGCUUUAGUUGCCUAUUUUAGGUAUUUGCACUUAUUUUAUGUCUUUUUUUUUUUUUUUGAAGGAAUGUUUUCAUUUGCUUUCGUUGUAGAAAUUUUUAUGUAGUUAAUUUCUAGCAAAUUGCAACGGUGUGUUAUCAACAAAUACUGACAGGUAAAUAGACUUGUACACUGUAGUUUUAGCUAUUUAUAAUUCAAACACUCUUCCUCUCCACUCCCGGGUGUGCUGCUACAGAUAGUGGCAGAAUCGGCUUGCUGCUAUGAGAGAUGGAAAGAGCGAGCAUCAUAUGCACUGUAUGUAAAAUUACAAAAUGAUGUCAGGUUCUCUAGUUAACUUUAUGAGAUCAACCAGUACUAUGCAGGGUGUGGAAAGUAUUCCUAUCAUUUCAAUAUCAAAGAUGGUAGAGAAUAAUUUAUUAAUGGAGAAUUUUAACGUGAUGAGUGGCACAAAGAAAGUAAAUGGUUAUUCAACUUUUUUAAACAUCUCAGAGCUUAUACAAUCCUUAUUUUUAGAUUUUUUGAUAUUAAAUAUUCGCCUGGCUAUGAUAGUAGUAGGCAUAAACAUUUUUAGCAGUUUUUAAUUCAGAUCAAAAUUUUUAGGGGGGGAGGGGAAUUGAGAGUAAUGGGAUUGGAAAACACCCAUCAUGCCAGGAUUAACCUCACCUAUGAAAGCUGGGAAGAGGCAAUUGGAAUUCUUGGCAGUACAAGAUUCAGAUUACCAGAAUGGAUUUAACCAAAACAUUUUAUGCUGGAGACUGCAUUUAAUUCCCAAAGGAUGAAAUAACACCUUGAGAGAGAAUGACUAUCUGGAAUCUGGAUGAUAUAUUUCAGUAGAAGUGGUAUCACAAAAACUGCCUAUGCCAAGUUUAAGCAUAGUUUUACGAUAAGUAGUUUUAAUUUGUGUUGGUAUUGGUUGGAUUGUCUAGUUAACUCCUACUUUGUUGCUUUAGCAAGAAGGUUUUAAUCUUUGAUAUGUCAGGCAUCUUUUAUUACUUUUUGAAUGUUGUGUGCAUUUGCAUUUCUUUCAGUUUAUAAGUAGAUUGUACAUGCAGCAGCCAAACUUGCAUGAAAAUUCAAUACAUAUUACUCCAUUUUUUUGUUUUAAGGUUUGACAUAAUGUACAACAAAUGCUUUGUUUAUCUUUGUUUUUGUUGUACUACAACUUUUCUUUUAUGUAAGACUCUCACAUACAAUACAGACCGUAUUAAUGUCAGAAAUAAAGCAUCUAUGUACCAGGUUA